CUCAAUAAUUCUCGAGCUGGCCUUACUGUGCAAUUUUGUUGUUGUUUCUGGUACAAAUCUAGAGUAAUACAGAUGUUCUGGUAGAAUUGUUGAUGUUUUUAACCUUUUGUAAGCAAAAGGUGUUGCUCCAUUUUACUGAUGUGUUCAAGUCCUGUUGUAGAAUAGUGUGAUCUUUGCUAGUGGUUAUUGGUCUGUAAGUUACGCAGUCAUCAGCAAAGAGUCUUACCGGUCAGCUAUGGAGUUUGGUGUGAACAUGACUGAAGAGACAUUUCAUUGGAAGAAGCCUAUGGAGUUGUUCCAGGAAAAAACAUUAGUGAAAAUCUGUGCCCCUAUGGUGAGAUAUUCCAAGUUACCAUUCAGGAUGUUGGUUAGAAAGUACGAUUGUGAUCUGGCAUUUACUCCAAUGAUUAUCGCUAACUCGUUUGUCCAGUCGUUGAAGGCAAGAGAUAAUGAAUUCACAACUUGCAAAGAGGAUCGCCCACUGAUAGUUCAGUUUGCUGCUAAUAAUGACCUAGACUUUGGUGAUGCUGCUACCAUCGUCUCACCUUUUGCAGAUGGGGUAGAUCUCAACUGCGGUUGUCCGCAAAGAUGGGCUCUACAGGAAGGGUAUGGAGCAUGCUUGAUUACAAAGCCAGAUCUUGUACACAGUAUGGUAUCACAGGCAAGGAAUAGAGUGGAUAAUCCAGAUUUUACAGUGUCUAUAAAAAUCAGAAUACACAAUGAUAUCAGGAAAACUGUGAACUUAUGUAAGAGCAUGGAAGCAGCUGGUGUUUCCUGGAUAUCUGUACAUGGUCGCACAAAGGAACAGAGGAACCAGCCUGUCAAUCUAGAAGCAGUCAAACUAAUACAGGAAAAUGUUGGGAUACCAGUCAUUGCCAAUGGUGACAUUAAAUCCAUGGAAGAUGCUAAAAAUGUUCAAGAAUUGACAGGAGUUAAAGGAGUGAUGUGUGCUCGUGGAGUGUUACAGAACCCUGCCAUGUUUGCUGGCUUUGACAAUACACCUUUACAAUGUAUACAGGACAUGGUGGAUAUAUCAUUAAAGCUGGGUUUACCACACACCACAUUUCACCAUCAUUUAAUGUACAUGUGUGAAAGAAUUAUGUCAAAAGCAGAGAGGCGUAUUUUCAACACGUUACCAAGUACACCUGCAGUAUUAGAUUACCUGCAGGAAAAUUAUGGUGUGACAUACGAAAAGGGAUGAAAUUCCAGAAGUUAAUUAAUGGAAUUAUGCUUUGACAGGACAGAUUGUUUGAGGAGUGUGAUAUCAAAAACUAGAAGCAGACUGACUGGUCAGCUCCUGUUUCAUCAGCUAGGGAAUUAAGAGACAGGACAAGGAUUUUGAAUUCAGAUACUAGUUUUGUGAAAAGUUAAGUGUUAUUAUAAGCAGAAGUAAUUUUGAGCCAGUGUAUCAAUAAAUCUAGAAAUAUCA